ACAGUCAUACGGUCGGGGUUGUUCUAGCCUGCAGUCUGUUUGGCAUGUGUCGUCCGUCGAGUUCCGCCGAAUCAGUUGGAGCGAAGGGUACGCGUCCGCUUCUGAUAACGCGAUAGCGUCGCGCUAUCGAGAGUGACUCCAAGUGGCCGGAAUUGUGCAGGCCCUGCAGGAUCGGAAAUUGUGGCACUGGCAGCGAGAGUUUUGUAUCCAAGGCAGGACGACGAGCCGGGCGCUGACUGUGGAAAAUGAGGGACGAUGGCUCACAGAAGGGAUUUUUGUGGAGGCUACCUUUAAUAGAGUCGAGCGAGUGGGGAAAAUUGGGCCCUGCUUUUGGUUACGGCAUCGGCUGUGGAUUCGGUCUAGGUGCUGGGAUUGUGGGAGGUGCAGGUAUAGGACUGGGAUUUCCAGGCCUGCAGUUUGGGGCUGGUAUUGGUGCAGGCUGUGGUUUGGGAGUUGGAUUUGGCUAUGGUUUAGGGAAGGGGCGAGCCUAUGAUGAGAAUGGACAGUAUAGCAACAUCGGGAAGCUUACACCACGUAAAAAGAGAAGUAGUGGGGAGACAAUGGGCGAGCUUGGAACCAUUGUUGACGACUUUGUAGGAGGAUUCAAGAAAGUUAUCGAUGCUUUGGAAAGAGAAAGUGAUAAGAGGCGGCGCAACUGAAUAGAAACCAGUUGCUAGAAGGUAUUAUUCGAAAGCGGGAGCUCACCGACAUGGAAAUUUGAUCUACUCUAUUGACAUUGGAAUGUUCGAAAAGAGUGCACCUGCUUCUCUCCGGCUUUUAUUGACUGAUAGUGGAAGAGUGUGAAUCAUGUACAGGGUUCAACUAACAUGCACAAGCCCUUCUCUUUCAUGUUCCAUGUUUCGUGUGAAAGAACGUCUGAAAGUAGUUGAGUAUCUUGUAAGUAGCUAGUGUUGACUCUGGAAUCUGAGGGCUUCGAGAAAAGCAGGUGCACAAGUUUAUAAUCGAUUCAGUUCGCGAAUGUCCUGGGCAUUCUUACACAUAGGAAGGCUUGAAAAGUCGUAUUGGAGUUUGUCUAAUGUUUGAUCAGGAUAUGAUGAUGACUACCGACACUUGAAAUGAGACGACUGUUUUUGAAAAGAGAACUUUCCACGUGAGUGGGAUGAAUCGUCACUGAACUGAAUGAGAGCGGACUGACUGCGCAUUCUUCAUUUUUUUGUGUUUCCGCUUUUUCCUAUUUCCUCCAUAGGUCAGUACAUUGGGAUAUAUUUGAGAUGAAAUUAUCCUGUAGAAAUUGAGUUUCGUUCAUGUUAGACACCGACAUAG